GGUUAGUAACACUGUACUCAGGAAAAUACGAAAGUACAAUGUGGCGCGAACAUUACGCGCCUUUUACUUUGGCGAGUUGAUUUCGGUUUUCCUCCUGAAAAUGAAGUUCACCUGCAGCAUAUGCAUGGACAAUUUCAGCAGCGAGAAUGUGGACAACAUAAAUGCCACCGGUUGCGGCCAUGUUUUCCACGAGAUGUGCCUUCUCCACUGGACGGAGAUGUCCAAGACCUGCCCGGCUUGCAGGAAGCCGUUGCGCCCCAAACAAGUGUUCAAACUCUAUUUUAACGUGUCCGAAACUAAAGAAGUCGACGUGGGAGAUCUUCAGAACAAGCUAGACGACGCGAAGGCGCAGCUAAGGGCCGCAAAUGUUGAGAAAAUCAAACAGCAAGAAGCAGCCGACACUCUCAAGGCUUUCCUCAUUCAGCGGGAAGAAGAAGUUCAGAAGUUUAAGGACAAGUACAUGAAUGCCAUCGGCGAAAAGUCCCAGUUGCAAGCUAAGAUACAGUCUAUGCGAAAGGAAGUUUCGGAAAAGCGCCAGUUGUACGACGAGAACAUUAAUUUGCGGUCUCGAAUUACGGACUACGAAAGUCUCAGAAAACUGAUAGACAGCAAUGCAAAGGAAGCGGAAGAGCUUCUGAAGUCUUAUGCAGAAGGACCCGGCACGCUGAAGCUUUUGUCGACGUAUUGUUGCCUGGUGAAACGCCAACUGCACACUGUGACAGACAGCCGGUCACAGCUGAACAAAGAGGCACUUGACUUACGGAAGAAGGUGGCCUACUUGGAAGUCCUGUCGAGAGAGAGAGCAGCUCACAUACGUUCAUUGGAGGGGGACGUGAGUCACCUCAAAGAGAUGCUCCACAGAGCUGAACUCAAGGCAGAGAAGAGCAGCACUUCUGCGAGCACAAAUGCCAAUGAUAGCAUAAUUGCAGAAAGCCCAGCACCCGAACGGUUGAAACGUCCACGCUUGACAAACCCGGAAGAAACGCCUUCUCCGGGUGUUGCCUCUCCAGCUCUUCGUAUUGUGACCUCUGCUUGGCAUUCAAAGCCUCCAGAUGGUGCGACGCCAACGAGGGAACCACUGUUGCCACGGAAAGCAAACUUUUUUCGUCCACCUGCCGCUACAGACACAUUCAAGUCAGUCAUCAGGACAGGCUACAAUGGUUUAGGUGGUCAUUCAAAGCACGUAGUUGGAUCAAAGCCAUCUCUGAAGAAAUUAUAGGUUCAAAUUGUCGUUUACUUUGGUGCUUGCACGUGCCAUUGUUGGCUUCUUUUGUUUUGUGUAAAUAUGUAUUUUAUUUAUGAACAAAUGUGUGCUACAUUUCCUUAAAUUGAUACCGAAGUGUAUAAAUGAACUCACGCUUCACAUUUUUUACAUUAAUUUUGACACCUGUUUACAUGGCUCU